AGCGAUUCUGGAAAGCACCUGAUAUUUCCUCGUUGGGGGUUAUAAACGAGGUUUCGUUACUAAAGGAGAGCCCGUCCAAUGAAGCCCCGCCGAGGCGCCAAGAUCGAGAUGAAGCUGGCCAGCUGAGCACCCAACAUCUCUUGCGCAACCUCAUCUUUGACCGUCCACCUCCCAGCUCAUCACACCCAAGAGCCUAACUAUGCAAACACGAAGGCCUCAAUCGCGAACCGAUCUGGUACUCCCAGAAUCGCCUUUGUAUCAGCUAACGCCAUUGCGGCCAUUCAACAACACGAGGGAUGAUGCCUUUGGAAUGCAAGCUCCACCUCCCAUACACUUCAAUGUGGGUAACCUGAACGUCUUGUGUGAGAAGCAGUUCGUGCCUGGUCUCGAGUCCUUCGUUAAAUAUGCGAAGUGGAACGCUUCUUGCGGAUCGCUGCAAACCUGGUCUGGCUCUCCGAAUCUGCACAUCUCUAUUGGAACUGGCUCUGGCCAGCUAUCCACCCCGUUUUCUAUUACCUCGGAACGCUUUUGUUUAGUCUGUGCAGACUUUGGGUUCUCUCAAUCCUUUCUCCAGAAAGUGGUUGCCAAAGCUCCUAUGUUUGAAUAUCGAUUUGACUUCCCAACGUCCGCCAACACGUCUACACCGCCAAGCUUGGAAAUAGCAAUGUCCACUUUCGAAAAUGAUUCAUUCUUCUGUCUUCUACGAUACGAUUUGAAGGAGAGAACGUCGAAGGUUUUGAUAUUCUUGAAGGCUAUGGAUCACCUGAAGAAAAGGUCUCUAGUUGCCAACGAUCUAGUUGCAUGGCUUAAGUUAAAUCAAGCAAUUCUACAACGACACCCGCUAAUGAUACUCAAUGUCAUCCUUCAGUUCAUCCAGCACGAGGCCCAUCAGUACGUGCGUUGGCGCCUAGAACUCUACAACCUCGAAUCUCGUCUUGGGGUGACCAGAGACAGCGAUUCCCUUAAAUUAGGUAGAUACGCCGAGCUGGACCACGACUUCACACUUCUCAAUGCGGACUUGGCGGGGCUUGCUAAGAAGCUCGCAAAUACCGAGUUAUCUGCUUCGACAAUCCUUGAGCACGCAAAAGCCGUUCAAAGACUUGUUAAGAUCUGUGAUGAGUACGAGGAAGCUAACACGCCUGGUCAAAGCCAAUCAGCUGGGCGACUUGUCUCGGAACAGAAUGAGGAAAUCCAGUCAACCAUCAUCCGCGCGGAGCUCUACCUUCGCAAUAUGAAAAUGGCGCAGGAUGUGCUGCAAAGUCUCUCGGCGGUGCUUUACAACCGUAUCAACAAGCAAGACACCGACUCCAUGAAGACGAUUGCAGUCGUGACGUUGGUGUUCCUUCCUGCCACCUUCGUAUCGGCCAUUUUCUCAACCGGCAUCUUCAAUUUUCACGUCUCUGAGCCUUCGGAUCAACCAAGGGUUAUUUCGAAGUACGGCUGGGUGUACUUGCUCGCGUGUCUCCUCUCGACAACCUUAACGCUCGUGUCGUGGGUGUGUUGGUAUCGGUGGGGUCGCGUGUGGUUGGAGAAACUGAAGUUCUCGAGGAUACAUUCUGAUGAGAGGGAGAUUCCAAGCAAGGGCACCGAAGCUAGGCAAGAUCUCUGUACAGCACGCGUUCACAGCGAGCAGCAGGCUAUGAUGGACUAGUGCCAAAGCGUGGAUGAUCGUUAGAGUCCAUUCAUUGUUUCCGGUUCUUCAUAAAAUCCGUCCCCAACCGUUCCGGGUGACGAGCGUUAUGGAACAAAUAAGCGUGGCUACGUGGACGAUUCUAGAUAUGUGACCAGCCCAUCCAACCAGGAUUCAGUUCUGCAAGUCGUCGUAUCAGGUCAUGAGCCAGGGACUAGUAAGUAAUAUUUUUACUUUAGUCGUUCAGGUGAUUUCUAGGUUGUUUUAAGGUUGGUUCGUGGAGUCUUCGUUUCGAGGACAGAAGAAGGGGGUAAUGUUCUUUUGAGCGGGAAAGCUGGCAAUACAUGUUACGAACAGCGACGACGGAACACUAUUUUUCAAUGUUGAUAUCCUUAAAACUUAGGCAGAUCACCUUUAUUUUCAAAUUGAAUAUUGUUUGCCGG